AUGGUGACCUGGACCCUGAAGGUGGUGUCAGGUGCUUGCCGCCAUGCCUACCCGACCCUGAUGGCUGCCUCGACCCCGCAGGAGGCAUCAGGCACUGUCUGCCCAGCCUGCCCACAGCACGAUGGCGACCUGGACCCUAACCCCCAUGCACUCUGGGCCACGACGAGUAGGAGGGCUACUGAGAUGGGACUUAAAGCCUACGGCAUGGGCCCAGGUGUAGUUGCUGCAGAAUUUCCAGAGGAGCCUACUAUUUCACCCCAUGGUCAAAUGUGCUGGAUUUUGGUAACCUUCAGUGGAACAUCUGCAGGUAUAUUUAACCCAUACAUAUUAGACAGUCCAGCUGUAGUUUUUGACAAUGGAUCAGGAGUCUACAAAGCAGGCCUGUCUGGAGAGAAGGCACACCGUCGUGUCAUCAGUUCUGUCUUGGGGCAUCCUCAGUUUAACAUGCCAUUAUCAGAACCCUAUCGUAAAAGCUACAUUGUGGGGGGAAAUGCCCAGUACAAGUAUGAGGCCUUCCAGUUACACUAUCCCAUUGAGCAUGGGCUGGUAACAGGGUGGGAUGACAUGGAGAAACUCUGGGAAUAUCUUUUUGAGUGGGAACUGGGAGUAAAAUCCUCUCAACAGCCUGUACUCAUGACUGAGACCUCCUUGAACCCAAUGGAGACUCGAGAGAAGAUGGCAGAAGUAAUGUUUGAGACCUUCAAGGUGCCUGCCUUGUACCUGUCUAACCAAACGGCGGCAGCACUCUACGUCUCUGCCUCUGUCACAGGCCUUGUGGUAGACAGUGGGGAUGGAGUCACUUGCAUGUUUCCCAUCUUUGAAGGUUACUCCCUGCCUCAUGCUAUCAUCAAGCUCGACGUGGCAGGGAAGGAUGUCACAGAGCACCUUGCCCAGCUGCUCCUCACUAGUGGGCGUGCCUUCCCUUACAUACUCAACAAGGACUUAGUGGAUGACAUCAAAGAGAAGCUGUGCUAUGUGGCCUUAGAUCCAGAGAAAGAGCCACAUAAGAGCCCAAAGGAAGUCCUGAAAAAAUACCUACUGCCAGAUGGGAAUGUCAUCUACGUUGGGGAACAGCGAUACCAGGUGCCAGAGAUUCUUUUCACACCUCAGCAGCUAGACAUCCACAGCCUGGGACUCUCAAAAAUGAUGGUCAGCAGCAUUAUGAAGUGUGCCAUGGACAUCCAGAAGAAUCUCUUUGCAGAAAUUGUACUGUCUGGGGGCAACACUCUGUUCCCUGGGAUUGAGGAAAGACUUAUGAAAGAACUGAAAGAGCUGGCUUCAAGAGGAACUCACAUCAAAAUCACAGCUUCUCCUGAUAUGUUCUCUGCCUGGAUUGGUGCAUCCAUCAUGACUUUUCUGAGCAGUUUCAAACCAAUGUGGAUCACUUCUGCAUAGUUCCUGGAGUUUGGGACAUGUGUCAUUCAGAGAAGAUGCUUUUAA